ACAAUUGGAAACCCCUAAAUAAUAUGACUUCCGAAGGAAUGUAGGUGUGGAAAGCUUUGACGAUUAGCGAAGAUCACAGCGAAAAAGCUAUGGAUUCCAAAAUUGAUGAGUUCGACACCAAGGAUUUGACCGCCCUUCCAGCAGCCUUCUCUCUCAAAAAGGUUCUCAACUACAGCCCUCUUACGGACCCAGAAUAUAUCCGUGUGCUGCGAAUAUCCCCAGACCACUCCGAUGAGAUUGUCGUGUCCCUCGAAGAAAUUGCGCUCUCAGGCAAUAUUCCCUACGAAUGCCUGUCGUAUACCUGGGACGGGCCCACAUUCGGCGAUACUGGCGAGGAAUGGACCUCAGAUCGCAAGCAUAUUGUCUGUAAUGGAUCCAUCAUUUUCAUCAGACAGAAUCUGUAUGAUUGCCUUGUAGAGUUGCGAAAAGUCGGUAUUGUCGGUCCAAUCUGGAUCGACGCAUUAUGUAUCAAUCAAAACGAUAUCAACGAGCGAAAUAAGCAAGUGGGGAUGAUGGGAAGAAUCUACAAGAACGCAACUCGAGUAAUUGUUUGGUUAGGCAGAGAAGACGAGCAUACAGAACUAGCUGUUUCCAGCUUGAAGCGCAUAAGACUGACGGCAGCCGAAUGUCUACGAGAUGAAAGUAUAGUUCGACGGGAGUACGCUCGCUGUAACUUCACGAAACGAGAACGUAUUGCGAUUUUGCACUUCAUCAAAAACAGACGUUGGUGCAACAGAUUAUGGACAGUGCAAGAAACGGUCCUUGCUCGCGACUUGGUUUUCAUCUGUGGAUCGAAUAUUGCGAGCGCGGAUAUGGUGUGCUGCGGAAGCCUGUUCGCCGAUUAUAACAGAGAAGACUUUUUCGACAUCUGGAUCACAAACUCUCCUUCGAUGCAGAAUUCCACUGGUCUUCGCAGCUUUCUUGAAGUAUUAAAGGUGAGGGAUCUCAACCAGCAGAGUGAAGGGUCACCACCUCCCUUUGCCAAUGUCGUGCAUGCAUUCCGUGACUUACAAACCUCUGAUCCUCGGGACAAAAUCUACGCUGUACUGGGAAUAUCUGAUUGUCAUCAUGACGAACUCUCUUCAACGAUGACCGCCAACUACGAUGUCUUGGUCCAAGAUUUAUAUAUAGACGCUGCACGAUAUGCUCUACAUACCUACAGUCAUAUAGAAGCUCUCUCGAAGGUCGGCGAACCAUCUAAGCAGAAAAUCAACGACUUGCCCUCAUGGGUUCCAGACUUAUCUGUUAGUUUGACUACACUUGGACUGGAAGAAGAGAAAGAUCGAUUCGCUACUGAUGGGAGUCAAAAUAGCCUGCCAAUACUUGAGAUCAUGGACAAAGUCCUUGUCCUGAACGGACAUGAGUGGGAUCGAGUCGUCGCAAGGAGCGGGACAAUUGGUGAUUUGGGAGAUGUUUCCGGAAUUGCCCAAUUAUUGAAAACGUUCAAAUCUGACCACGACAUGUAUUUUGGCUCUAUGGACACUCGCGAGGUAGCUGUUCGGCGACUACUAAUCACGGAUCGUCUCAUUGAUGUAGCACAUGCUAGUGACAGCUACAACAUGGAAGCUGCGUUCGAGAGGCUUUUCUUUGCGCUUCUUGCGUUUGCAUUGAAGGCAAGCGAAGAAACAACUUUAUUGAGACUGUUCUUGGAGGAUCCUAAGGCCGCAUUCAAAAGGUUUGGAGUCCCAGAUUCGUAUGACUGGCUUUCGGAAAUACUGGUACGCGGUAAAGAGAAUUGGGAAUUCCAAAAAGAUAAUUGGAUGAAGAAUCUCGAAACGAUACCUUCCAACUUUGCCAAGGCUUUAGAUAUCAUCGAUGAUCCUUAUGCGUUGUCCUGGGCUCGCUAUUAUAGUAAUCGACGCUAUUUUCGUAAGUGAUGCUUUCCCCUCGAAGUCCCCAGAACUCUGUGCGGAACCGAGCAUUCUGACUCCAACCUCGGUGUCAGAUAGUUCAUAUUUCAUACACCAGUUUGAAGUUUCCGAUUUCGUCAAUAACUCACUGAUGAAUAAUCAGGUACUGAGCGUGGCUAUCUAGGCCUCGGGUUGAAAAGCUUGGAGGUGGGAGACCAUAUCUACAUAAUUCGAGGGGCUUCGGUCCCGUACGUAUUCAGACCUAUCUCAGAAGAUCCAGCAGAUGGAUUCAGGCUCAUGGGAGAGGCGUACGUCCAUGGCAUCAUGUAUGGAGAAGCACUUGCCAACGGUCCUCUUCGAUAUGAAAGGAUGGAAGUUCAUUGAUAGUCCCGGGACGGAGAUCGAACCCUGAGUAGAAGUAAUUUGGAGCCCUAUUUCAUUGGAACAUAUCAAUCACAUUCUGUUCCACAAAUGAAC